AUGUGGCGGUCAUUGUGCCGAUGCCCGCUUCUCCUCCCGCCUUUCUCGCAAGCGACCAAGGGGGCUGCCGGGUGGGGCGCACACCUGGCCCUCUGGAUCCUGGGCCUCGCCUCGGCCGUGGUGCGGAUGGAGAGCCAGGCCUACUCGCCCACCGUCAACACUCACUAUGGGAAGCUCCGCGGGGUGCGUGUGCCCCUGCCCAGCGAGAUCCUGGGGCCGGUGGACCAGUACCUGGGGGUACCCUACGCCGCACCUCCCAUUGGGGACAAGCGGUUCCUGCCCCCUGAGCCUCCACCGUCCUGGUCGGGGAUCCGGAAUGCCACCCACUUCCCCCCAGUGUGCCCGCAGAACAUCCACACCGCUGUGCCCGAGAUUAUGCUCCCCAUCUGGUUCACCUCCAACCUGGACAUUGUGGCCACUUACAUCCAGGACCCCAACGAGGACUGUCUGUACCUCAACAUCUACAUCCCCACCGAGGAUGUAAAACGGAUUUCCAAGGAAUGCGCCCGAAAACCCAACAAGAAAAUAUGUAGGAAAGGAGGCUCCAGCGCUAAGAAACAGGGCGAGGACUUAGCGGAUAAUGACGGGGAUGAAGACGAAGACAUCCGAGACAGCGGGGCCAAGCCGGUGAUGGUCUACAUCCAUGGGGGCUCCUACAUGGAAGGCACAGGGAACAUGAUUGACGGCAGUGUGCUGGCCAGCUACGGCAACGUCAUCGUCAUCACUCUCAACUACCGUGUGGGAGUCCUGGGGUUCCUGAGCACCGGCGACCAGGCGGCCAAAGGCAACUAUGGGCUCUUGGACCAGAUCCAGGCUCUGCGCUGGAUCAGCGAAAACAUCGCCUUCUUUGGCGGCGACCCUUUGCGCAUCACUGUCUUCGGGUCAGGCAUUGGGGCUUCCUGCGUCAGCCUGCUCACCCUGUCGCACCACUCCGAAGGUCUUUUUCAGAGAGCCAUCAUCCAGAGUGGCUCCGCGCUGUCCAGUUGGGCAGUAAACUACCAGCCUGUGAAGUACACCAGCUUGCUGGCUGACAAAGUGGGUUGCAAUGUUCUUGACACUGUGGACAUGGUGGACUGCCUGAGGCAGAAGACUGCCAAGGAACUGGUGGAGCAGGACAUCCAGCCAGCACGCUACCACGUGGCCUUUGGGCCGGUCAUCGAUGGGGACGUCAUCCCAGAUGACCCAGAGAUCUUGAUGGAGCAGGGAGAGUUUCUCAAUUAUGACAUCAUGCUUGGCGUCAACCAGGGCGAGGGGCUGAAGUUUGUGGAGGGCGUUGUGGACCCAGAGGAUGGUGUUUCAGGCAGCGAUUUCGAUUAUUCUGUCUCCAAUUUUGUGGACAACCUGUACGGCUACCCAGAGGGUAAAGACACCCUGCGCGAGACCAUCAAAUUCAUGUACACAGACUGGGCUGACCGGGACAACCCAGAAACUCGACGCAAGACCCUGGUGGCCCUCUUCACUGACCACCAGUGGGUUGAGCCAUCAGUGGUGACCGCUGACCUUCACGCUCGCUAUGGGUCCCCCACGUAUUUCUACGCUUUUUAUCACCACUGCCAGAGCCUCAUGAAGCCACCCUGGUCCGAUGCGGCCCACGGAGACGAGGUGCCUUACGUCUUUGGGACUCCCAUGAUUGGCCCCACCGACCUCUUUCCCUGCAACUUCUCCAAGAACGACGUCAUGCUCAGCGCCGUUGUUAUGACCUACUGGACUAACUUUGCCAAGACUGGGGACCCUAACAAACCUGUCCCCCAGGACACCAAGUUCAUCCACACCAAGGCUAAUCGGUUUGAGGAAGUCGCCUGGUCCAAGUACAACCCACGUGAUCAGCUCUACCUGCACAUUGGCCUCAAGCCUCGGGUGCGUGACCACUACCGUGCCACCAAGGUUGCCUUUUGGAAGCAUCUGGUCCCACAUCUGUACAACUUACACGACAUGUUCCACUAUACCUCCACCACCACAAAGGUGCCGCCACCUGACACCACUCAGAAUUCCCACAUGGCACGCCGUCCCAAUGGGAAGGCCUGGAGCACCAAGCGACCAGCCAUUUCCACUGCCUAUACCAGCGAGGGCUCGCAGGAGAAGUGGAACCCCGAGCAGGACGGGGCAGGCACGCUCCUGGUGGAGAAUCCCCGGGAUUACUCCACUGAGCUGAGUGUCACGAUUGCUGUGGGGGCUUCCCUCCUCUUCCUCAAUGUUCUGGCCUUUGCAGCGCUCUAUUACCGGAAGGACAAGCGGCGGCAGGACACCCACCGCCAGCCCAGCCCACAGCAUGCACCGGCCACCAACGAUAUCGGGCAUCCCCCGGAAGAGGAUAUCCCCUCUCUGCAGACCAACCAGUCCCACCACGGAGACUGCGAGGCAGUGCCGGCCCACGAUGCCCUCCGCCUCACGGCCUUGCCCGACUACACGCUCACGUUGCGCCGCUCGCCCGACGACAUUCCACUCAUGACACCCAACACCAUCACCAUGAUCCCCAACUCCCUGGUGGGGCUGCAGACCUUGCACCCCUACAACACCUUUGCUGCCAGCUUUAGCAGUACUGGGCUCCCUCACUCACACUCUACCACCCGGGUAUAG